AAUUAUUCAACUCAAGGGUUCUUCCUUGUUGUCUAUCACCAAAGAAAAAUCAGAAUUCAUUAAAGGUAGACAUGAUGUUUAAAAUUCCAUAUAAAACUUAGUUUAGGUAAAGCAGUGGUUCUCGAAUGGUUUUGCAUCGGGACACAAAUUGAACAUGGUUGUUGUCUCAGUUGCGAUCCAAUACUAGCAUCACCAAAAUGCAAUCUGGAAAACUAUUUGAAAUGCUAUAUUGAUAGUAAAUGUACAAAUUAUAAACUGGGAACAACAGUCCCACAUUUUUUCAUUGUCAAUCAUACCAUGUUGCCCAUAUUAUUGAUGAAGAAUGUUAAACUCAAUGAUUUGAGACCUCUAAAUCAGCGAAGUCUAAAUAGCGCUGUUAAUAACUAUAUUGAAAAUACUGUGAUUGAAAAAUAGUUCAGAUGUUAAAUUAUUAAAACAUAUAGGGUCAUUAUAAUUUCUACAAACGUGCUACUUGGUUUUAAGUAGUUUAAGUUCAGACUGCACUAUUCUUAAUUUACAAAUAAUACAAUUAUAAUAUUUAUUUUUUACUCAAGACACUCGCGACCCUUUCAAAACCUCGUUCGCGACCAACCAGUUGAGAAUCAGUGAGCUAAAUUAUUAAAGUUACAAUUAUGCACCACAUGUAGCUAACCAUCCAUAUAUAUACAGAUCUGUGUGUGAUUCUUGCACAAAGUCUGUGCAGUCACUGGCACUGUUUUUACAGCAGAAAUAUUGGAGGAAUACGCGCUAAUUCUAACUGUUAGAUAUUUGUUUACAGAAAUGCAUGCAUAUUAAUAUACUCGUAUUAUUAUCGCUGCACACUGCAGAUAUGUAAAUACGGUAGAAUAAUUGUCGAUAGACGAAAUAGGUCGAAGACCAAUGCAAGAAGGCUGUGCUAGCCAGGAAGCUAACUAGCUAGCUAACGUUAGUUUGUAGCUAGCUUGCCAUUUUCAACCAGUGGCCAGCUAGUCAAGUUAGCCAUGCUAAUUGAACCGUGCGGGGUUGCACUGAGAGCUUGAGGUGACUGACUGCAUGGUUAGGGGUGCCCUGCAAGACUGCCAAGGAAACCCACUCCACCAAAGCAGGUGCAUCACUCAGGCCAUGGCUGCGGGCACGGAGACGGUGCACUACAUCCACCUGCACAACUCCAGCCAGUCUGUUCUGGAGGCUUUACGGACGCAGCGGCGUGAGGGCCUCUUCUGCGAUGUGACGGUGCGCAUCCACGACGCCUCGCUGCGUGCCCAUGCCUGCGUGCUGGCCGCUGGCAGCCCCUUCUUCCAGGACAAGCUGCUGCUGGGCCACUCUGAGAUCUCGGUGCCGCCGCUGGUCCCCGCUGAGACGGUGAAGCAGCUGGUGGAUUUUAUGUACAGCGGCUCGCUGGUGGUGGUGCAGUCGCAGGCCCUCUGCAUCCUCACCGCCGCCAGCAUCCUGCAGAUUAAGACGGUCAUCGACGAGUGCACCCAGAUCAUCUCCCAGAGGAAGGUGGCUGCUGCUGCGGCCGCCGCAGCAAGUGGAGGAGGAGGGGGGAUGACAGCUGGGGUCCUGCCCAAGCAGGAGGAGCGGGGAGGGGGUAAAGGGAGGGACAGCGGUGGUGGUUGUAUUGGUGGGGGUGGCGCAGUCAGCGGUGAUGGGGGUUACCAGAGCUUCUCGAACUUCGCCUUGGGGGACUGCGGGGCGAGCAACAUGGUCACAGGCCUGGGCGGAGCAAACUUGAACGUUAAUGUUAGUGAGAGCGGCCCAGGAGGCGCUCUGGAGCAGGCUAACCCAGCGGGGCUGAUGGCUCUAGCUGACAUGGGCAGCCCCGGGGCCCUGUGUGGGGCUGACGGGCUAAGCUCAGGGGCUGCCGGGGUCCUCAUGAAGAACUCAAAUUGCACCCAGGAUGUGAGGUACAAGCUGAGAGACCUGCUAGCGGCAACCGCUAACGGCGCUAAUGCUGGAAGCUCAGGGAAUCUCUCGGUCGGCUGCAGCUCUGGUGUCAGCAGCGUGGACAGCAUUGGCCGGGACAGUAUCCGCAGCAACGCGGCUGACCUCUCGGAGGAGCUUGUGGGGAUGGACAGAUACUGCGAGGAGGAGGAGAUGGAUGGACAUCACAGAGGGAGAGACUUGGACAGAGACAGAGGGGCAGGAGGACACAGCCGCAAGCAGAGGCAGCCACUCAGGCUUCAGGUUCUUGUAGGAGAGGAAGUGGUGGUGAAGGAUGAAGGCGUGCAGGAGCCGGAUGGAGGGGUCUUCGGCUUGGAGGAGGGAAGACGUGUUGAAGGGCAGGAGGGCACACAGGAAUCCAUGGCAACCUUUGGCCAGGAGGGUGUGUUCUAUGAUGAGGCUGGAGUUUUCUCCCCCGAGGCUUUCUGGCCCCAGAACGAGCCGGCUCAGGCCAUGUCCUUCAACCCCAGAGGAAGAGGAAACAAGCUACUGUCUCCAUCUACCUCCUCACAGUCCAUCAACAACCAGCUACUUUUUCAGUACCCAGUCAGCCAAUCACAGCCAUCAGCCUCAUUCUUUGUGGGCGGACCGAUGGUGAUUGACAGCAUGGCAGGAACGGAGCACAGCCAACAGGCUCCGCCCCCGGCACCAAUGACCCCUGCUCUGUCAACCUGUGGCACGCCAGGCCCCUCCCCUUCCUCCCAGGGUUCUGAGACGUCCUUCGACUGCACUCAUUGUGGGAAAUCGUUACGUUCCAGGAAGAACUACAGCAAGCACAUGUUCAUACACUCCGGUCAAAAGCCUCAUCAGUGCAGCAUCUGCUGGCGCUCCUUCUCCCUGCGCGACUACCUCCUCAAGCACAUGGUGGUGCACACGGGCGUGCGCGCCUUCCAGUGCUCUGUGUGCGGCAAGCGCUUCACACAGAAGAGCUCACUCAACGUGCAUAUGCGCACGCACCGGGCCGAGCGCACCUUCCAGUGCACCGUGUGCCACCGGGCCUUCACCCACCGCACCCUGCUGGAGCGCCAUGCCCUGCAACACGCCCAUCACGGGGCCAACCAGGGCCAAGGGCAGGGACAGGGCCUCCUGGAGACCCCCAAACACAGCCCUCCAGCCCUAGCAGGGCCCUCGGGCAUAUGCGGCCCAGCUGGGAUGGGCGGCACCAUGACCAACAUGCCCAGCCACGGGCCUCCCUCCUAGAGGGAGAGGGGGGGGGCAAUCUCAAACUGAUCCAUCACCCCUAUCCUGGAGCCCUUUUCUGUUCCGAGAGGAUUGCUAGGUAUGAGCAACAUGGUUGAUGCUCCAUCUAGACCUAUUGGAGGCUGGAUGGAGUUUGUGCCAUAUUUCUCACACCUAUGAAGCCCUUGCAGAUAUGCAAGAGGGAGUUGCCAAUGAUGGAAAAAAUGGGAGAUAAUUGGUUUGGGAUUGGGGAAGAAAAAGAGAGGAAAAGGGAGAGAGGCAGAAAGCUGUCUAAUUGCUGGAGAUUGAAGGGAGGACAUGUAGGAGGGGUGAGAAAUAGAGAGACAGAAAAGGGAAAGGGAGAGAGAAAGCAAAACAAGCCACAGCUAGAAAAAGAGUGCAGGGUGAUGAACCGAUGAAGAAGAGAGCGAAUUAAUCAAUGAGAGUUACCAUCAUACAUCAAGACGACAUAGGAACACCAUUACAUGCAGGAGGCACUGGACGACCCAGGAUCAUAUACCUCUAAACAGGAAGAGACAAGAAAUGAAUUAAGGACACAACUUUUAUUUUGAAAUGUGACAAACGUUUCAGCAUGUUUUACACACCUCAAAGAAUACCUCGGCAGUCCAAAGACAGGCAUUAUGCUACACAUGUUUAAUAGCUACUUCAAACAGCAAAACAGUGGGAACUAAAGCUACCUGAAAUCCCUUCCUUUUAAAACCUUACUAAAAAGAAUUGACAUAAUAUUCCUUUACAUUGUCAAUAUGAGUUUAUUUGUCGCUCAUUUGUGAUUUAUUGAUGAAGAUGAAAACAAUAAGGCAACGAAUUAAAAAAGUGAAAAGGGAUCUUUCAACUAUAAGUGACACUUUUUGGGAUAAAUGAGAAAAUCUGUACUUUUAUCAGGCUUUCUAAUCCAUGUGUAUGGGGUUAUGUGUGCUUUUGGGGCACUUGCCAAUGAAUGGGAAGGUUUGUUGCUGUGAACUAUAAAAAUGUUCUCCAACGGCUUCAUUUAAUACUUAAUGAAAAUGUUUUUAUUGUAACGAAAUAAAUCAUGAGGAAAAUACAAUCACCCAGAGUGGAAUUAAUUACCACGUUAAUAUUUAUUACAAUUUGACAAUGAUACUAUGCACAAUACAUUUUUGCACAUUGUGUAAUUUAAUUCAGCUUUAUAUGUUGUCCUACCCUAGAUAUUUGACCUUAGAAAAAUAUAUUUGCCCUAAGAUCACCAAUGUAUAUUAUAUCAUGGAGAUCUUAAAAUGUUUAGUCUUUUGUUUUCAACCUCCCACCUUAAAGGUGAUUUUAGAUAUGCAGUAAAUAGACACUCCUAAACAUAAAGGGCAACUGAGCCAGUAAGACCAGUAAUACCCCUUUAAGAUCCCUUCUGGUCCUCACUAUAAAUUUUACAUAAAAUGUCCCCCACAAUGAAGAAACAUUCUACUUGAUCAGGAUGAUCUCCUUGAGCUACGCACUGUUCUGAUGAUUCACUAAUCUCUAUAAUGGGAAUCUGUUAAAGCCCUGUUAAUAGGAAGUUGACAUGAUUUAUAGAUCAGUUAAAUCUGUUCUGCAUAUAGUUCCGACCAACCCUUGUGAACAAACAGGUGAUUAGGCUGUUCCAGAGAUUUUCAUAUCCUCAGCAACUCAAAUGUUUCUAGUACAUUUUUUCUGAGGUGGACCUGUGUACAGUAAUGUAUUAUGUGUGCUUAAAGCCAUGUCAGAAGAACGCAACCAUUAUUGUAAUGAUGUACUGUGUUUUGCAUUUUUUUAUUUAGCUUUCUUUGAGUGAAGGGGAUGAUAAAUGUCUUCUUUUUUUGUGCAAAUUUGAAUAUAACUGCAAGUCAAAUAUGUCAUAAUAAAAUAUGUAAUUUUAUAAAGCACCAAUCAUGCUAUGUAUACCACAUGUUUUAUGUAUGGAAAAGCUAAAAGGCAUGAUAUAACUUUUUAUGAAAAAUUACAUGUACGUACUUCAAUGGCUUUAUUGAAUUUUAGAACAUGAUUUUAAACAUUUCAAACAUUUCUUUCUCCAAAUAAAGUAUGGCUACAAGUCAA